CAUCUUGAAGCCCUUUAAUGCAAUAAUAUCCCGAUUAAGAAAUGAAAUUUUAAAGCCUGAAACGGAAAUUAAAAAUUUAUAAUAAAUAAUAAAUUUCCUAAUCUUUGCAGAUUUCCGAAUUUAUUCAUCUUCUUCUCCGAUGGGUGAUCCGUACAGAUCAAGGGAUGGAUUAAGCACGAGGCCGGCGGCGUAUGGCGGCAAUUCCGAUGAGAUUCAGCUGCGAAUUGAUCCGAUGCACGCCGACUUUGAUGAAGAGGUCACCGGUCUUCGGAAUCAAGUUCGAAAACUCAGAAAUGUAGCUCAAGAAAUCGAGACUGAAGCAAAGUUCCAAAAUGAUUUCCUCAAUCAGCUGCAAAUGACGGUGAUUAAAGCUCAGGCAGGGUUGAAAAACAACAUGAGGAGACUUAACCGGAGCAUCAUUAGGGAAGGUUCAAGUCAUAUAAUGCACGUGAUUCUUUUUGCGCUGCUUUUAUUUUUUGUUGUCUAUAUCUUGUCGAAAUUUUCACGAAGAUGAAUAUUGCUGAGGAAUUGUUUCGUGUUUAUUUCGUAACUGUAAUGUUCAGACAAGGUUAAGAAAAAACAAUGUCGUUGACGUAUGUAAAAUAUUGAGCAGGUUCUUGUAAAUUCUUUGCGGACUGGUGUUUUAAUUUCAGCCUCGUUUGUGAUGAAACGAUUCAAAUAUAUUCUAGAUCGGGUGAACAACGUAUAGAGAUUUGCCGAUGAA